AUGUUAUUGAAAUCGACGACAACUCUUCCCGAUGAAAUCGAGGAUAAAGUGGAGAAUUUAGACGACGACGAUAACGAGGUGCUCAAGGCAGUGAAUAAAAUCUACAGCCGCCGUAGGUUCAUCAUUACCGAUGAGGAUGCGGAUGAUUCAUCUACUAUACCAGGAAUAUCAAUGAACCCGAUUAUUGCAAUUGCUCAGGCGAAGAAACGACGGGAGGUUUCGGGCUUUGACGAUGAGGAAGAGUAUGAUGAAGAGAAUGAUGAAAUCAAUGUUGUUGCCAAGGCUUUGCAUAAGUGUGGGGACUCAGAUUUUAAGCCAGUGUUGAAGCCUUAUCAGCUAGUAGGAAUCAAUCUCCUUUCUCUGUUAUACAGAAAGAAAAUUGGAGGAGCAAUACUGACAGUUGUUGCACUGCCAAUGGAUGAGAAACGUGCCACUGCCUUUGGUCUCAUGACGAUUGGUGUAGAAGGAAGGAUUAUUGAAUUUGUAGAGAAACCAAAAGGAGAGCUGUUGAUAGCUAUGAAGGUUGAUAUCACUAUUUUAGGUCUUGAUGAUAAAAGAGCUAAAGAGAUGCCUUAUAUAUUACCUCCAUGCAUAAGGUCGAUAACUGUUUUUGUGGUGGUUAACCUACUUCGACAAAAGUUCCCUGGAGCAAAUGAUUUUGGAAGUGAAGUUAUUCCUGGUGCAACAUCCAUUGGAUUGAGAGUUCAAGCUUAUUUGUUUGAUGGCUACUGGGAAGAUACUGGUACAAUUGAAGCCUUCUAUAAUGCCAAUUUGGGAAUCACAAAGGAACCUGUACCAGAUUUCAACUUCUAUUACCGAUCAGCUGCCAUUUACACUCAGCCUCUAUAUUUACCUCCUAAAAUGCUUGAUGUCGAUGUCAUAGACAGUGUUAUUGGUGAAGAUUGUGUAAUCAGAAACUUUAAAAUUCACCAUUCUAUGGUUGGACUUAGAUCAUGCAUAUCGAAGGGAGCAAUUAUAAAAGAUGCAUUAUUGAUGGGAGCAUAUUACUAUGAGCCGGAUGCUGACUAG